CAGCUGCACCAUUUGCUAAAGCCCCUGGGGAGAUCGAGGGUUUGGGCCUUAGGGAGGGAGCAAAUCUCGUUGAAAUGGUUAAAAGAGUGAAGCCUCAUGUGCUUCUUGGUUUGUCUGGAGUUGAAGGUAUCUUCAAUGAGCAGGUGGGCAGCCCCCUAGCUGAAUGCACCGCUGUUGAUGCUUUCAAUCAUGCUGGAGAAAAUAUAGUUUUUGCAAGCGGGAGCCCUUUCAAAAAUAUUGACCUUGGGAAUGGAAAAGUGGGUCAUGUAAAUCAAGCAAAUAACAUGUAUCUGUUUCCUGGGAUUGGGAUGGGAGCUCUUCUCUCAGGUGCUCAUUUGAUUUCAGAUGGAAUGUUGCAAGCAGUCUGAAUGCCUUGCUUCAUAUAUUACAGAGGAAGAGAUUCAGAGUGCUAUUUUGUAUCCUCCUAUGAGAAGUAUUUGAGAUAUAACAGCAGAGGUUGGAGCUGCUGUUGUUCGAGCAGUAGUUGUCGAAGAACUGGCAGAAAGACGUUGUGAUGUGGGACCCAGAGAGCUCAGGAGGAGACGGUACGCAACAUGUGGUUUCUAGCUUACAGCCCUCUUGUUCAUGAGAAGUACAGUUCUGAUCAUCUCACUCUCUCUCUCUCCCUUUGUGCGCACACGCGCAAAGGAUAUUUUUCUGCAGACACCGUCCCAACGUUCUGUUGCCAUUCAAAUAUUCAUGAUGUAACUAUAGUUUUGAAGCCUAGAGUAGUAAUAUGGGUGAAAGAACACAGAACUGGAGAGAGAAGGCUCGUAGAAGUUGAAAAAUAAUGCCACUGCAGUUUUGAUUAAGUCCUUUUGUAUAAAUCUGCUUAUUGAUGUAAUGAACAAUAUCAUGUAAGCUUUCUCUUUUUUAGCUUUUGUCAAAAACUUAUUGACGUUUCAUGCAUGCUCCUUUUUUUCAGUCUA